UCGCUAGCACGCAUUUGGAGUGGGAAAAGCAGCGCCGAGACCUUCGCUUUGUUAAUACGUACCAUUUCUCGGUCAAAACAUCUGUUAACGACUUCAGAAGUUGUGUGUUUACUUAUGACAUACAUAUUUAUUGUAAUAUCGCGUACCCGAAGUGUUAUUAAUCUCUGGAAGCUUCUCGAAGUAAUAAGAAAUCAUAACUGCACAUAUAUUUUUCAUGUUACAAUAGUGAAUAAAACAUUAAUUUAUUGCAGCUAAUUAUUUUAACGAAACAUACAUUUGGAUAGAAUUUGUGGUAUACCUCAAAACACAAUAUUUAAAUAGUAUCAUGUUUUUAAAACUAUUAUUAAGUUUAACAAUCAUCGCAUCAGCCUUUUCAAUGCACAUAUACAGCACACACGUACAAUCAUCCUAUAUGAUACCGAAACAAAAUGAUAUCUUUCUUACAUCACAUGUUAAAGAGGAUACUUUUGUCGGCUAUUAUAUUAUGAGUAUUCAAAUAUUACAAUUAACGCGAAGCAUACACUUGCAAUUAGACGUAAAACAUGUUAUCGAUAUAAUAGUGAUUAUGAAUUAUCCAAAAUUAGAAAUGAUCGUUUAUACACCAAUAAAAUCUUUUUAUAAUAAUGAUAUGAUCGUUACUGAAUAUAUAUUCGUGAAUGACCUAAUGCCGGGAGAUUACGUCAUAAAAUUAAUCUAUAAUGUAACUGAUGAUGCAGGCCUAAAAAAGUUUUAUAAAAGAGGUGAACGACAAUGGUUCGCAGCGUAUGUUGAUACUAUUGGGAUCGAACACAUAGUUUCACAUAUUCCCAAAUCUUCAACAGCCAUCUUGCCCUAUAAUAUUAGUAUAGAACAUUAUCCAAACUAUAGAAUUUUAUCAAAUAUACCGAUAAAAACAAUAGAAAUGGAUAAAAAUAAAAACAUGAUGAUGACAUAUUUUAAUGCUACACUCGUAAACCCUAAUUAUUUUGUAUUUCUGACUAACUUAACUCUUAUACCUGGUACAAAUGAAAGAGUCAGAGUUGAUAUGUGGUGUAGAAUGGACUGCGCAUUUGCACACGAAUUUGCUGAAAAUAUAACACUGUACUUAUUUUAUGAAUGGAAACGGCUGAAUGAAACUUGGCAAAUAAAUCACAUUGUAAUUCCUAAUUUUCAAAAUGAAAGCAUCGUAAAUCUGGGCCUUAUUUUUUUUAGAGAAGCAGAUAUUAUCUACAAUAAGAAUAUAGAUUCUGUUGCGAGUAAAAUCAAAGUUGCCCACUUCAUAGCCCAUAAUAUAAUGCAGGAAUAUUUUUAUUUUGAAAAUCCACUUUGGUUGUCAACUGACGCUUGGUUAGCUGAGGGUUUUGUAACAUUUCUUGGAUUAUAUGUCAUCAAUAAGACUCACCCAAAUACCCGGAUGAUGGACUUGUUUGUGGUACAAAUUCAACACGAAUCCUUUCAUUUCGAUACUAAAUAUAAUACAACACUUUACAACACACCAUUCGACAGUUCUUUUGAAAUUCCCCAUUACAUUAGAGCAUCCAGUCUAUUGCGUAUGUUGGAACACAUGCUUACUGAAGAGAUAUUCUGGCAGGGUGUCCGCAUAGAAGGAAAGGAUGAGUAUAUCAACCGAUAUUCUGACUAUUUUAGUGAAUUUAUGAAGAACCUUAUAUUUACAAAAGUACCUCAAAACAUUUAUAGUGCUGUGAGCUAUAUAAUUAGAAUUUGGACAAAACAAAAAUAUUAUCCUGUAUUGAAAAUAACACGAGAUUAUAAUUAUCCUAUAGAAUUGAUAGAUGUAGUAUUGAAAAAUGUAUCGAUACACAAUUUAAAUGAUUUGAAAAACUUUUACAUACCUGUAACGUAUACUACACAGACGCAUCACAAUUUUGUUGCUGAUUUUGAUAGUAUAUUUUUGCACCGUUUUUUAUCUUCUGGAUUAAGGUUCCAUAAAGUUAAAGAGGAUGGCUGGAUACUAUUUAAUAUACAACAAACUGGUUAUUAUCGAGUCAAUUAUGAUAUCGAGAACUGGCGAAGAAUUGCAAGUUAUCUAAAUUCUGAAAAUUAUACAAAAAUACAUGUUCUUAAUCGUGCCCAAAUUAUCGAUGACGCUUUUCACUUAGUGAUAAUAGACCAACUUAAUCCCACUGUAUUCUGGAAUAUUACAAAAUAUUUAUCACGAGAAACAGACUACAUCGCAUGGUAUCCUAUGUUCAAAGCCUUAGAAUAUCUAUCCAAUAUCUUUCUAUUUUCGGAACCAAUAUAUCUUAAUAUCAAGAUAAUAAUAAGGAACUUAUUACGCGAGUUACUUCGAUACAAACUUGGAUACGAUGAUGUUUUAAAUGAAGACGAUUUUCAAAAGAGUUUAAGAAUGGAAGCUGUAAAAUGGGCAUGUUCUCUUGAUGAGCCCAAUUGCAAAGAAAAAGCCGGCUAUGUUUUAAAACGAUAUCUCAUAAAUUCCAAAGAAGACACACUCUUGCCAUGGUGGAAAGAAUGGACAUAUUGUCAAGGUUUAAAAACGUUGUCCUAUUCUCUUAGCGAUGGAAAUUCUCCUUGGUGGGGAGUAUAUCAUCUGGAAAAAGAAAAAUUUGAAACUAAAUUUUUAAAAUAUCUGGCUUGCUCUGAGGAUUCACAUUUUAUCAAAGACUAUUUAAAUCUAAUAACAAAUGAUAGUACAACAUCGAUUAUGUUUUUUAAAGGUUUUUCCAAUAAAGAUUAUAUUAAUUAUUUUCUUUUUACUAUCGCGAAGCACGCGAGAAAUCCUGUAAUAUUCGAUUUCAUAUUAGAAAAACUGGAGAAUAUAAGACCCAGACAAGUCAGUAAAUAUGCAGCAUUUAUUGUUAUUAUUAAUCAUGUGUAUUCUACGAAACAACUCGAAAAGAUAAACAAUUUCCUAACAGAUAAAUUUAUUAAUGCAACGAAAGUUAAAUUAAAUGAACAUAAGAAGAUAUGGAUUGCAUAUACGGAAGAGAGAGAUGUGAAAGUAAAGGAACUGUAGAAGAGAAGCGAAGAAGAAAAUUCUAUCAAUUAUUAUCGAUCUUCGAAAAAUGAGGCGUCAACUUUAGAAUAAUGUAAAAAUUCUUGCAAAAAUUAAAU